GUUUGAUGCGAAAGACGGGAAUCGUGCGACGUUCCGCUUCAGAGGACAGCAUUUUCAGACCUGCAUCACAAAGGCAGGCACGCGCCACGCUGCCGAGGUUAUAGCCCGUGCAUGUUGGAUGCGCUUCGAGGAUGGGGAGGACAAGGACGCUGUCACCGCCUUCCGCAAUCGAUGCUACGAAGCGGUGAGUUCGCAUGACGCAGAGUCGGCCAAGCGGCCAAGAAUCUCCAGGCCGAAUGAUAACAAGGAAGUCAUGCAGCUCGACAUGAUGAGAUUUAGACUUGGCUUGCCCGCCACGUCCGCCGUCGAUGCCUGCGACACGAUGGCAAGCGAAGAGCUUCACAGCCUUCUUCGCAGGACGUCUGCGAGAAAGCCCUUCUAA